UUCUUUCGUUUUUACCAAUUUAAUUCUCUCUCUCUCUCUCUCUUUCUCUCACGCCACUGCAACUCCACCAUACCCGUUAAUUUCAUAUUUAUAUCAUAUAUAUAUAUAUGUUAUAUUAUACAAUAUAUUAUUAAUAAUUCUAUAUAUCUACACACAGAAAAAAAACCUCCAAAAUUGUUUGGUUUGCGAAUUUGUAGUUUCUUUCUUCUUUGAAUCUCUGGCUGUCUUUUUUCUGUGUAUUCAUCAUCUGGGUAGCAUAUGGAGGCGGCCAUGGAUGAGCAAACAAACCAAGUCCAAGGGCAAGGCCAAGCCGAGCCUCCGCCUCCGCCUCCACCUCCACCUCCUCCUGCUAUAGUACCAGAAUCUCAAUCACAGGGUGGAGAAGACGAUGAGGAAGAGGAGGAACCCAAAAAUGAAGACGACGAAUUGAUGGCAAAGGCUCAGAAACUGAUGGAGAAGAUCACCGCCUCGUCUGAUAACCCCAAUCCUACUGUUCUUCACGCCCUUGCCUCUCUUCUUGAAACCCAAGAGGCCCGAUUCAUGGAAGAGAAUGGUUACUCCGCCAGCAAUGGUCGUGCAACUCAUAACAUCGGGCGGCUAGGGAACUUAGUCCGGGAGAAUGAUGAUUUCUUUGAAUUAAUAUCUUCGAGGUAUCUAUCAGAAUCAAGAUACCCUACCUCCAUCCAGGCAGCUUCUGCUAGGCUCCUUUUCAUCUGUUCACAGACAUGGAUUUAUCAUGGUUUUGAAGAAGCUGUACUGGAGAACAUAAAAGACAGGGUAAUGGAUGAGUCUGCAAGCUUUUCAGGUGAAAACCAUAACUGGAAGCAUGAGGUGGGGGGAAAAGAGGCUUCAGAUUCUGACAUGUUGAAGACCUAUUCUACUGGACUUCUAGCAGUUUGUUUAACUGGUGGUGCGCCAGUAGUGGAAGAUGUGCUGACAUCUGGGUUAUCUGCCAAGCUUAUGCGUUAUCUUCGUGUGCGAGUUUUAGGGGAGACAAGUACUAGUCAGAAGGACGCUAGUCAUUUAACAGAGACUAAGAAUGCUUCUAAUGCGAGUAUGAGAGGUAGAGAUGAAAAUCGGGGUAGAGUCAGACAGGUUUUGGAAACUUCCCAUUUUGAUGAUUCAAGGAGUACAGAUGAGCGAUCUUUAGAUGACCAAAGUCUAGAAAGGGAACCACCUGAUGGGUUGGCUGAAGGAGCUGAUAUUUAUGAUGUAGAUGCCAAUGGUGAGGACAGAUGGCAUGUUCGUGAUUUACGCGAUGGAAGGACAAAGCUAGGAGAUUUGGAUGAAAAUGGGAGAGAUGAUUCCUCAAGGCGCAGGUCCACCCGUGGAUGGGCAAAAUCUAGAGGGAAGGGAAGAGCUAAUGAGGGGGCUGUAGAGAAUGAGCAGGCUUUGACUUCACCUGGAUCUGGUAUUCGAUUGGGGCAGGGGCGGGGUUUUAGAGACAGGAAUUCAUUAAAAAAUUCAGAUGUGAAAAAAGUGCAAGAUGCUAAAAAGUAUUUGGGCCGUAACCCUGAUGUUUCUUAUCUAGAAAGAGACGAAAAUGAUGACUGCUUCCAGGAUUGCAGGGUUGGGACUCAAGAUAUCUCCGAUCUAGUGAGAAAGGCAGUUAGAUCUGCUGAAGCUGAAGCUAGAGCAGCUAAUGCACCUGCAGAAGCCAUAAAGGCAGCUGGUGAUGCUGCUGCUGAAGUUGUUAAAAGUGCAGCUCAAGAGGAAUAUAAAACUACAAAUAAUGAAGAGGCUGCAGUCUUGGCUGCUUCCAAAGCUGCAUGUACUGUUAUUGAUGCUGCCAAAGCAAUUGAAGAUUCAAGGACCUCUAGCAGUGUCGAUGCUGAUUCAACAACCACAAGUCGCAUAGAAACAGAAACUAAUAUAGAUGCCGAAGAAUACUUCAUUCCAGAUGCAGAAUCCCUUGCAAAGUUGAGAGAAAAAUAUUGUAUCCAGUGUCUUGAGAAUCUUGGAGAAUAUGUUGAAGUUCUUGGUCCUGUGUUGCAUGAAAAAGGGGUAGAUGUAUGUCUUGCUAUACUGCAAAGGGAUUCCAAAUAUACAGAGGCAUCAAAAGUUGCAAUGCUCUUGCCUGAUGUAAUGAAGCUGAUCUGUGCUUUGGCUGCUCAUCGAAAAUUUGCAGCAUUAUUUGUAGAUCGGGGUGGCAUGUUGAAGCUGCUUUCUGUUCCAAGAGUUGCUCAAACCUUUUUUGGUCUUUCUUCUUGCUUAUUUACUAUUGGUUCUCUCCAGGGGAUAAUGGAACGUGUAUGUGCUCUUCCCCCAGAUGUUGUACACCAGGUUGUAGAGUUGGCUAUACAGCUUCUCGAGUGUCCACAGGAUCAAGCUAGGAAAAAUGCUGCUUUAUUUUUCUCUGCUGCAUUUGUUUUUAGAGCAGUUCUUGAUGCUUUUGAUGCUCAGGAUGGUUUACAGAAAUUACUGGGUCUUUUAAAUGAUGCUGCUGCAGUCAGAUCCGGCGUAAAUUCUGGGGCCUUAGGACUGUCUAAUUCUGCUUCACUUCGAAAUGAUCGGUCACCUGCAGAAGUAUUGACAUCAUCAGAGAAGCAAAUUGCGUAUCACAGCUGCGUUGCUCUACGGCAAUAUUUCAGGGCUCAUCUUCUUUUGCUAGUGGAUUUUAUCCGUCCAAAUAAAAACAAUCGGAGUGCAGCUCGGAAUAUUCCAAGUGUUAGAGCUGCCUACAAGCCACUUGACCUCAGUAACGAGGCCAUAGAUGCAGUAUUUCUGCAGUUACAGAAGGAUAGGAAGCUAGGUCCUGCAUUUGUAAGAACCCGUUGGCCUGCAGUUGAGAAGUUCUUAAGCACUAAUGGACAUAUCACAAUGUUGGAAUUAUGUCAGGCCCCUCCUGUUGAGCGUUAUUUGCAUGAUCUACUUCAGUAUGCAUUAGGUGUACUGCAUAUUGUUACAUUGGUACCUAGCAGCCGUAAGAUGAUUGUGAAUGCGACAUUGAGCAAUAACCGUUUGGGAAUAGCGGUUAUUUUGGACGCAGCUAGUGUUGCUGGUAGUUAUGUGGACCCUGAGAUAAUUCAGCCGGCACUGAAUGUGCUGGUCAAUCUUGUUUGCCCUCCACCUUCAAUUAGCAAUAAACCACCACUUCCACAAGGUCCACAAUCUGUUUCUGCUCAAAGUUCAAAUUGUCCUGGUAUGGAGACCAGAGAAAGAAACAUGGAACGUAGUAUCUCAGAUCGAGCUAUGAAUGUGUCCAGCCAGAAUGAUCCAAGGGAUCGAGGUGGGGAAUCUGCUGUUGGAGAUCGGGGCAAUGCGGUAGCACUUGGUACACAGUCCAACAGCAGUAAUAUACAAGCUCCUCCACCCACACCAACUUCAGGGCUGGUUGGCGAUCGUAGAAUAUCUUUAGGUGCUGGGGCAGGUUGUGCUGGUCUUGCCACACAAUUAGAACAGGGGUAUCGUCAGGCAAGAGAGGCUGUCCGUGCAAACAAUGGCAUAAAGGUUCUUCUGCAUCUCCUCCAACCACGCAUAUAUUCUCCACCUGCUGCUCUUGAUUGUCUACGUGCACUUGCCUGCCGAGUCCUACUUGGUUUAGCCAGAGAUGAUACUAUAGCACACAUAUUGACAAAGCUUCAGGUUGGGAAAAAACUCUCAGAACUGAUUAGGGACUCAGGCAGCCAGACGCAUGGAAAUGAGCAAGGGAGGUGGCAAGCUGAACUUUCCCAGGCAGCAAUUGAGCUAAUUGCUAUUGUGACGAAUUCGGGGCGUGCUAGUACAUUGGCAGCUACUGAUGCUGCGACGCCAACUUUGAGGCGCAUUGAAAGAGCAGCUAUAGCUGCUGCCACUCCAAUCACAUAUCAUUCCAGGGAACUUCUACUCUUAAUUCAUGAACACCUACAGGCAUCUGGGUUGGGUGCAACAGCUUCUACACUGCUAAAAGAGGCCCAGUUGACUCCUUUGCCUUCCUUGGCUGCUCCUUCCUCUCUCUCAUACCAAGCUUCCACACAAGAAGGUCCCUCCAUUCAAUUUCAGUGGCCCUCUGGUCGAACUCCUUGUGGAUUCCUCAUGAACAAAACAAAGCUUAUGGCAGCAGAGGAUGAAAUGGGUUUAAAGUGUGAUUCGACUGUUUCUUCUUCAAAAAAGAAACAGUUGGGUUUUUCACCUUCAUUUAGUUUGCAGUCGAGAAACCAGUUUCAGUUCCAGGAUUCUCACCAACCAUCAGGCAAAAAGGUCUUCAGUGCAGCAAAACAGUCUUCUGCAAGUGCAUCAGAAACUCCAUCAGAGUCCUUGCCAAGACCAAGCACUGAUACGGAAUCUCAGUGUAAGACUCCACUUGUAUUGCCAAUGAAACGGAAGCUGUCUGAGUUGAAGGAUACUGGAUAUCUGUCAGCCUCUGGGAAACGUCUCCACACUGUUGACCAAGGACUCAGGUCUCCAGUUUGUCCAACACCCAAUACUGUUCGAAAAAUUAGUCUACCAACUGAUACUGUUGGCUUAUGCACGCCAAGUUCUAACAUGAGAGACCAACAUGGGCGAUUAGCAGCAAAUGGAUGUCCAUCAGAUUAUUUGGAUGACAAUCAAUUUGGUAAUUCUAAUGUGGGCAUGGGGGCACCACCCUCCCAAUUUGGUCUCCAAAGUGAGCCACAAAACAGCAACACAGAGCGGCUGACUCUAGACUCUCUUGUUAUUCAGUAUCUAAAGCACCAGCAUCGCCAGUGCCCUGCUCCUAUAACCACACUACCCCCACUCUCUCUUUUGCACCCGCAUGUUUGUCCUGAACCUAGACGAAGCCUAGAUGCCCCAUCAAAUGUAACGGCCCGUCUUGGUACACGUGAGUUUAAAAGUAUGUAUGGUGGGGUUCAUGGAAAUCGCAGAGAUCGUCAGUUUGUAUACAGCAGAUUUCGGCCAUGGCGGACAUGUCGGGAUGAUGUUGGUGCCCUCUUUACAUGCAUUACUUUCCUUGGUGACUCUUCCCACAUUGCGGUAGGUAACCACUCUGGUGAGCUCAAAAUUUUUGACUCUGAUAGCAGUAAUUUGUUGGAGAGUUGUACAAGCCACCAGUCUCCUUUGACUCUUGUUCAGUCAUAUUUAUCUGGUGAGAACCAUAUGGUGCUUUCAUCAAGUUCCCAGGAUGUCAGGUUGUGGGAUGCAUCUGCAGUUUCGGGCGGGCCCAUUCAUUCAUUUGAAGGCUGCAAGGCUGCAAGAUUUAGCAAUUCUGGGGACGUUUUUGCAGCUCUGUCAAGUGAACCUGCACAAAGAGAGAUUCUCCUGUAUGACAUACAAACUUCCCAAGUGGAAUUGAAACUGUCUGACACAUCUACUAGUUCUACAGGUCGAGGGCAUUCUUAUUCUCAAAUACACUUUAAUCCUUCAGACACAAUGCUGCUUUGGAAUGGGGUCUUAUGGGACAGGCGUGUUUCUGGCCCUGUUCAUCGUUUUGAUCAAUUUACCGAUUAUGGUGGUGGUGGCUUCCAUCCUGCUGGGAAUGAGGUAAUUAUAAAUUCUGAGGUCUGGGAUCUGCGAAAGUUCAAGCUCCUCCGAAGUGUGCCUUCACUAGACCAAACAACAAUAACUUUUAAUGCACGUGGUGAUGUAAUCUAUGCAAUCUUGAGAAGAAACCUUGAGGAUGUAAUGUCAUCAGUCCAUACCCGUCGUGUGAAGCAUCCCCUCUUUGGUGCAUUCCGCACGGUGGAUGCAGUUAACUACUCUGACAUUGCUACUAUUCCAGUUGAUCGUUGUGUCCUCGACUUUGCAACAGAACCAACCGAUUCCUUUGUUGGUUUGAUUACAAUGGAUGACCAAGAAGAGAUGUUUGCAUCAGCUAGAGUUUAUGAGAUUGGUCGCCGAAGGCCAACCGAUGAUGAUUCUGAUCCUGAUGAUGCUGAGAGUGAGGAAGAAGACGAGGAUGAUGACGAUGACGAUGCUGAUAUUGACCCUAUACUUGGUCCGGAUCUUGAUGGGGAUGGUGAUAGUGAUGCAGAUGAUAUGAGCAAUGAUGAUGAUGACAGUGUAACUGAUCUCGACGAUGAUGAAGAUGAUGGGGAUUUUAUUAUGGAUGACGUAGAUUUUGAUGGAGGAGCUGGAAUAUUGGAGAUUGUAACGGAGGGUGACGAUGAUGAUGACAGUCAAGUCGUUGAGUCAUUUAGUAGUGAUGAUGAAGAGGAUUUUGUGGGUAACGGUUUUGGUUAUUGAAUGUGAUAUAGUUACCUAAAUGAUCAAAAGAAUAUUAUGAUUACUUGGCCCGAUAAUGUAAUUAAUGUUUCCGGGUUUUUCCAUUAUCAAUUUUUAAUUACAAUUGAGAAAAGAGGCAUUCCAUGUUCAUAUCAAGACACUGUUGUCCCUAAUGGCUAUCUUUUUUUGACAUUCUUGGUCAUUGAUUACACCUUGGUUUUGGAAUGUGGGAGUUUUGUUUGCCAUUCCAUUUGAGCCCUAUAUAAUUUUUGCCAAAUACUCAACUGUAUCUUAUUUCCCUUUUGAUAUUUAAACUAUUUUAUUGUGUUUUA